CUACAACGCAGACUGUGAGAUCAGUGUGGAGGUGAAGAAGCUAUGCAAGGCCGGCGUGAACGGCAUGCAGAUACACGGGACGCUGCGGUUGAUUUUGGCGCCGUUGCUGUCCGAUGUGCCCUUUGUCGGAGCCGUCACCUUCUUCUUCAUCCAGAAGCCGUUUCUGGACAUUAAUUGGACGGGAUUGACCAAUCUGCUGGAGAUCCCCGGGGUCAGCGACAUGUCGGACGGGAUGAUCGUGGAUCUCAUCGCCUCGUAUCUGGUGCUGCCCAACCGAUUCACCUUCCCCCUGAGCAGCCAGGUCAAUGCGGCCCAACUGAGGUUCCCCGUCCCACACGGGGUGCUGAGAGUUUAUCUGUACGAAGCCGAGAACUUGAUCCCCAAGGACACCUACCUGAGGGGCCUCAUAAAGGGGAAGUCGGACCCGUACGGGGUCCUCCGGGUGGGAAAUCAGACCUUCAAGAGCAAAACCAUCCGCGAGAACCUGAACCCGCUGUGGAAUGAGAUGUACGAGUUUGUGGUGCAUGAAGUCCCCGGCCAGGACUUGGAGGUCGAUGUUUAUGACGAGGACCCUGAUAAGGACGACUUCCUCGGCAGCCUGGUGAUUGGUCUGGAGGGCGUGAUGAAGGAUCGCAUUGUGGACGAGUGGUUUCCUCUCAGCGACGUGGUCAGCGGAACCGUUCACCUCAAACUGGAGUGGUGGUCACUGGUGGCAAACCAUGAAAAGCUUUGUGAGGUGAGUCGGGGGUCAGCGGGUCCCUCUGUCUGUCUGUCGGGGGCUCAGAACGGUUUUUCCACCGCCAUGGUGAUUGUGUACCUGGACAGCGCCAGCGGGCUGCCAGCGGCUACAUAUGACCUCUGA